AUGAAGCGGCUCCUUGCGCUGCUGGUGGCCAGCUGCGCGUUUGCCGCACAAGCGAUGGAGACGCUGGAAAUGAGUGACGAUGUGACUUUCGACAGCGUAGUGUUCAGUGGAGAGAGCCGCAAAUUGGCUGUAGACACGACAACGUUCCCGGAGGACUACAAGCCAGGCGAGGUCAUGGCGGCACAGGACGAAGAGCGCGCGGCCGGUGUGUGGCCAACUUCCAAGGGAAUGGUGCCACUCACGAGGCCUCGGACAGUGGGCCCUUCCACGCCAUUCGACGGUGGUAUGAAAACCUUCAAGCGCAGCAAUGUAGCAUUCAGAUCAGGCGCGAAGAUGACCAGAGCGAACGCCGUGUUCGUCGUACAGGCUGGUGGAACGCUGAGCAACGUGAUUAUCGCUGGUGGCGGAGGCGUCUUCUGUGAGACGCACAAUUGCGCGCUAGUGAACGUGUGGUUCAAGGACUCGGUACAGGGAGCGCUGCACGUAAACUCGGGUACAGGAAUCACGACGAUCACUGGCGGAGGAGCUAGAAAUGUUGCACGUCGCGUCAUCUUCGCCCAGGCCUCGGGCACUGUUGUUGUCAGUGGCGGCUUCUACAUGGUAAAUUCAGGCCGAUUGUUUGAGUCGUGCGGCACGUGUGGCCCCGUGAAGCGGGGCGUUAUCGUGGACGGUGUCGUCAGUGUCAACCCGACGGCCGAGCUCAUCCGUAUGAACUCGAACUACAAUGACCGUGGCACCAUUUCUAAGGCCACUAUUACGACGUCGAUGACCAAUUACCCUGUGUGCACUCGCUUCAACGGCGGCGCUACCCCCAGAAAGCUCGGAAACGGAGCCGCUCCCCCCGUUUGCGCAUACUCCAGGGCUGCAGUGACGAUCAGAUAA